AUGAAGAUUUGGGUUGGUAUUGUAGUAAGUAAUAGUGAUGAAGCUUAUGAGUUAUGUAAUGGAUAUGCAUAUAGAGUUGGUUUUAGUGUGAGGAAGUGUCAACAACGUUACAAGGCAUCUACUAAGUCAAUUCAGAUGAAGAGGUUCUUCUGUGCUAAGGUUGGUUAUAAGGAGAAACCAAAUAGUGGUGUCAAGGUUUAUUCAAAAAUUGAUAUAAGGACCGGUUAUGGUACACUUGUUCAGUUUGAUGUGGAUGGGAAUGGGAUGUGGACAGUUACAAAACAUGUGAAAGAGCACAAUCAUGAGUUAUGUUCUUUUGGCAAGAGUCAUCUACCCCGUUCACAUAGAAGAGUGGGAAAUAAUCAUCUUGAAUAUUUAAAGGAUAUGAAGAAGAGUGGGGUUGCAUUGGCGGAUGCUAUGGCUACUGCCAUUUCUAUUGUAUUUCCUACAUCACGCCACCAUAUUUGCAUAUGGCAUAUUGGCGAAAAUUCGAAGAAGCAUAUCAAGGCGUUAAGGAAUCAUAAUGAUUUUUUGGAUAUGUUCAACUGUUUGUUGAAAUACACCGAGACUGAAGCUGAGUUUGAAUUUUAUUGGACAAGUUUAGAAGUUAUGAAUCUGCAGCAUAGAAAUAAUGGAUAUUCUAUAUAG